AUGGAUCGAAGUAUUCCUGCGACUCAAUCAGCUGAGGUUGACAAAGCAAUCGAAACCCUCUUUAACAACAUCUUAAACCAACUCGCCGCGACAGAUGUAUUCAGUAAAUCUGACGCUGCUAGUAUCUUCGUUGUAUAUGCACACGACAACGAACAACUCGGUACCGCCAAUGCUUCCUGUGUUAUUCAUCUCAUCGAAUGGCUCAAAGAAAUCAGGUCACGUUCUGUUUCUGACCGAGCUCCGCUGCCUCUUCUGUUCUCGCGCACAGAUGAUUCUGGUUCUGUGAGAAACAUUCUUUCGAGUCAAUUUUGCCUACUUCCACCAGACAAUGUUUCGGAUGAUGGGACCAUCCAUCGAGUCCACAAAGUUGUCGUUUGCGGGUCUGAUGUCUUGAAGAAAUACUACGAUGAUACUUUCACGGCACCAUUUCUUGAAGCUAUCAAACUGUCUUACUUGAAGGCAAAGAAUGAACCCGGUAUACGCGAAACACCUGAAGACGCUAUUCGGCGAGUUGUAGAAGCCGAAUGUCAAUCCAAUGGGUUUCACCAUGUCCUCACUGAACUCGGGCUUCUGAUGCUUCGACGCUCCCACAAAGAGCAUCGCACAGGCGUCAUUCCGGUCACACUAGAUGGAAGUCUUAUGGAGUGGCUGCCAUUCUGGGACAGCUGCGACGUCGUUCUAAAGCUCAAGUCCACAGCGACAAGCCAUCAGCAUCAACUCUUCUUCAAGCUCCUAGCACAGAUAUACCCACAAGAACACAGAUUGAUCAAUCAGUACAAGGAUUGCUACGACCUGACUUGCCGAGAACUGCAGAGCAAACCCACGCUCUCCAGCCGUUGGACUCAGCAAGUCAUUGAUAUGGCGAUCCUCAAAGCGCAAAGAGCCAUUUCUGAUAUCGAGAGUGCAUCCUUUCGUGGUCAGCGGAACUUGGUCCAGACUAGAAGCCAUCACGACACUGUUCGUGGCGUUUACGAUAAACUGGACUUUCUCACCAGCACAACUAAAGCAGAAUUGGACGAAGGCACAUUCAAAUGUAUUGUCGAAUGGUUAUCUACUUGCUCAUAUGAGCUUCAUCACAAGUCUGUCUCAGAGAAACUGAUGGUGGGAUCGGGCGAGUGGAUUAAAAAUCACCCCAACUACCAACAUUGGCUAUCCACAACUUCGUCUUCCACCCUCUUCAUACACGGCGUUCGAGGUUGCGGAAAAUCCUCAAUCUUCUCGGUGGUUAUCAACCAACUUCAGGGUGGAGUUGGAAACAAGAAAAAUCUGAUGAACGUUGCGUACUAUUACUGCUCGGGAGCGCAGUCCGAGUCUGACCGGGCCAAUCCCGGUGCCAUUCUUCGAAGCAUUCUAAGACAGCUCGCAGUGGACGAAACAACCCGCGAAGUUGACCCCGCCGUCGUAUCAGAGUACGAAAAGUCGACCAAAUAUCAAAACAAUGUCAGUAGACUCGGCGUCAACGAAUGUUCAGAGCUUCUUCAGCAGUUAGCAUCAAACAGGACCACAAUCAUAGCCUUUGACGCCAUCGAUGAGCUGGAUAUCUUAGACCGUUCCACGCUUAUCCAGGCUAUUAAAACACUUGUGAAAGAGUCCAACAGUGUUGUCAAGGUGCUAGUGACGAGUAGAAACGACACGCAGAUCAAGAAGCUCAUGGAAAUGGCCACUACCAUCGAGGUGUCUGGGGAACACAAUCAUCACGAUAUUAUAAGUUUCGUGGAUGACCAAGUUACCGCCUUGAUGCGUAGUCGGGCGUUUCUGGAUCAAGAUGCGCCUGACGAUCUGCUCAAGAGAAUUCGCCAUUCAUUAAUCAGUGGAGCCCAUGAAAUGUUUCUAUGGGUUGAACUUCAAGUGCAGAUGCUCAUUCGGAAGAAGUCGGUAGUAGAUGUCCUGAAUGCUCUUGAGCAAGGUCUAGCAGAAAAUCUCGACAAGAUCUACGAGUCGACCUACGAAGGUUUCCUUGCUUUGGACGAUACGGCAAAAACAGUCGUCGAGGGCGUCUUCUGCUGGAUUCUCUAUGCGAAGCGACCGCUGACUAUCGAAGCUCUCAAUGUUGCACUCAGGUUGCAUCCUGAGCUCACUGGCCACCCUAAAGAUAUACGUCUUCCGGACCUGACUGAUGUGUGUUCCAAUUUGGUUGUUCUUGAUUCAGUUACCAAUAUACUACGAAUGUGUCAUCCCUCAGCUCGAGACUUUAUGAAGCGUCGAAGCAUGUUUUCAGAGGUCCAGGCGCAUAGAUUGAUGGCUUUUGCUUCUCUUCGAACGUGUUCUACCAAUCUACUUCCGGAUCCUGGUGCAGCAUCAACCCUUGAAGUGAUUGAUGACUUGUCGCUUUACAGCGCUAUAUACUGGCCGCAACAUCUCAAGGCGUCAGAAUUGAGCAAUACUGUCCCGCCCUGGAUAGUCAACAAUCUGAAUGACUUCGUGCUGGAUGGCGAAGAUUUUGACGUUGAUCCAGCUUUCGAGUGGUGGCUGGGCUGGAUCGACCGACUUUUGGAGACGCUACCUCCUUAUCACAGCCUCAGACUGACCCAUGGAUGUCUUUCAUCAGCUGGAGGACCAUCGGCACUACCUACAGCCGCUGUGUUUGGUCUAAGCAGUUUAAUAGAGCUAAUUUUCGAUCGAGGAGACUCAAUCGAUUUGGAACAACGCAUUAAUGAUACCUAUACACCAUUAUAUUUGGCCUGCUCCUUUGGACACAGGGCGGUUGCAUCGACUCUGAUCCAGCAUGGAGCAGACAAAGGUGUACUUUGCGGAGAGUACGGCAAUCCGUUACAAGUCGCUUGCUUCAAAGGACAUCUAGAUGUGAUCGAACUCCUCUUGAGCCAUGGUGUUUCACCUAGGGUUGCUACUCCGGCGUUUCAGAACGCCUUACAUGCCGCAUGUGAAGGCGGCCAAUCUAGUGCAGCAGAGCUUCUUGUCAACGCAACUUCGAUCAUCGAAACAGAGGCAGACUACGAAGAUGCCUUGCAGAUGAUUGCUGAGGCAGGCUUUCGCAACAUCUACGAGCGCUUGCGCAAGCCAAACAUGGCAAGAAAGUUCAGGCGGGGCACCAUCGACAAAACACGCCAGGAAUCGAGAUUCCUUGGAAUUAUCAAAAAGGAUCGAGUGGAUAUACUGCAAUGCGAUUUGGAAUCCGAUCCUGAAAUGAGAAACAGUAUUCCUUCAGAUGCAGUAGCAAUUGCCGCACUCCGCGGUCAAGUCAAUAUGGUAGAGUAUCUCCACAGUUUGGGCCUAAGCCUAGAGGAAGAAGGCAAAUUUGGCUCGCCAUUGAGAAGUGCGAGCCUACAAGGAGAGUAUCGUGUUGUGAAAAAGCUGCUUGACCUGGGCUCUAACCCCAAUGGCAAAGGUUCGAAAGGAGAUGCACUUCAAGGUGCUGCUAGCAAAGGGCACAUUCCCAUUGUAAAGCUCCUCAUCGACAGUCACGCAGAUGUGAACCAACAUGGUCCCCCUCGUGGCUCUGCAAUUCAAGCUGCCGCUUACCAUGGCCAUGAAGCUGUAGUCAAGUUGCUCAUCGAAGAAGAUGCUGAGAUUUACUCUGAAACGUACAAAUUCAAGGAUGCUCUUUAUGCUGCGGUUCAGGGAGGACACGAUCAAAUUGCUGCUUUUCUACAGGAGAACUAUCCACCACCUCGUGGUCGAGCCUUACCCGCGAUCGCUCGUGGCGACAAGCACGAAACCUCUUCGUACUUCGAUCACCACAGGUCAAGUGUAAACAGGGAUGAUAGUCCACAUCCCGAGUCUUCUGAUGAAGAUGAUGAGCCACAGGGUGCCACAACCCAAGGAGAAAGCGAAAGGGAAGAAAAUCAGAGCAUCGAAGAUCUGCAUCCUCUAGUACUCGCAGCAGGGAUCGGAAAUAUUGAGAGCCUUCGGCAAGGACUGCAGGAACAUCAAGUCGACGAGGAUGUCAUUACAGAAGCAUUCGUCGCCGCGGCUAGCCAAGGAAAGCAUCUGGCCCUUGAUGUCUUAUUGGAAGAAGGUCUCAGACACGUCUCGUUUCUUAGGAAGCCAAAGGAAAAGGCUCUCAUUGCCAGUGUGAAGGGGAAACAUCUAGAGUGUCUCCGAACUCUAGCAGACUCGCUUAAUGGUACCAUUACUGUUAUUUCAUGGGGCUUCGCACUUCAGAUAGCUGCAAGUACUGGAGAGAGCAUGACGGAGAAACUUCUCGACAUGGAUCUUUUACCUUGGCAUUCCACUGAUAUGAGAGGGUUGGCUACUUCCUUGGGCUAUGCUUUACGCGACGAGAUUUUCGAAGACACCGUUGCUGCUUGCAGAGACGCUCUCAAGGUCUCCUACUCUUCGGGCAAGAAGCAAGUUGCAAAUCUCAUCUGGGCCUGGAUUUUGUCUAAGAGACCUGAGACCUUGAUGGCUGAUUGCAAAGAAUGGGAUUCAUUGGUCCUUGUCGCGGCUCAGCACGCCGACGUAUCAGUUCUCAGCCAAUUGAUAACACUCAGGAACCAGUGCGAGGACAUGGUGGAUAGUUCAGAGCUGCCACUUGGGGAUCUUCUCAUUAAUGCCAUUCGUGGCGACAAGACCACCACUCUGGACCACCUACUCAACCGGAUCCUUGAGAAGUCUAAUGCUUACGACAUGAUUGCUCCUUCAUUUCUAGAGGCCUGCCGAACAGGCUGGACGGAUACAACGAAAGCUUUGCUGGAUUAUGACGCUGACUUUGCUCUCGACACUGACAUUGUCAUUCGAGGAAUAGUGGCAGCCUCAGCAGCAGGCCAUGGGGCUUUUGUGCUUAGGCUGCUGGAGUUCCUAGAUGAUGAGGAAAUGGAGAGAGCCACCACAACAUCACUCCUCAGUGGAGCGGGAGCUGGAAAGAUAAAGGUUAUCACCGCGAUACUGGAAGACACGAAGAUUGGAGACUCGGCUCAAUUUACGACUAUCAUGACCCGAGUUCUUAUCACAGCAUGUGAAGCAGGACAUGCAGAUAUCGUACAGAUAUGUCUCGAUCAAGGUGCUGACGCCGAUGAGACCGUCGAAAAGGCACCUCCGAGUGUGGUUCCAAGGGAGGAUGAGUACAUAGAGGCACGCAGAUUUUUCCGUUCGCACUUUCGGCGUCCACCUCGUGUAGCUGGCCGAUUUCCCCGUCCGUCUGGGCCAUUGAAUUCUGUGCCGCAUCCGGCUCAUCGAUUUCCCAGACCCCCUGGGCCAUUUUUCUCUACGCCGAAUAUCCCUCCAAGGUUCCCUCAUCCCCAAGGAUCAACCUUUGCCAAGCCACCUGCGGAAUUCGACAACGAGGAGGCGGCGAACUCUGAGGACAGCGUGAAAUCCAAUGGCUCGGACAAGACAAUUGAUGAGGAGGAAACAGAAAUGACCGACGCACUCAAAGCUAGCGUGUGCGCCUUCGAGCGUAUCGACGCUAUCGAGAUGGUGACUGGAGGAGAAAAGCAGUCUGUAACUGGGAAGUCGAAAGCAAAACAACAACUCAAAACUGUGUCACUGAUUUUGGACAAUGUUUCUGACUUCAGCGAUCGCGACAGUAGACUCUCAACUCACCCGCUCCGAAUAGCCGUUGCUUCUGGAACAGAGGAGCUUGUUCAACUAUUACUCGACCACGGCGGUGCAGAUCAAUUCAGUCCCCGACAGCUCGAAUCUUUGAUGCUGGUAGCAGCAAAUCGCGAUACCUCAAUCGGCAUUCAUAUUAUCCUCAAGCUCCUCGACUGUGACCGUCGGGCAAAUCUCCCAACAGACAGAAACAAAUGCCUCGAUCCUGCCAUUCUACACGCUAUAGAUACAGCUGUUCGAUCUUUGACCGAUCCCGAGCGACAUGUAGAUAUACUAUCCAUCAAGGGCAUGAUCUCUUCGCAGAAAGCUGCGAAGGACCUGUUGAAAGGCGGACUGCAGAAACUUGUCAAGACAAUUUUCCGCAAGUUGCCUGCUCAAUCAGCAGAGCCAGAUGCCUUUGGAGACGUCCUUCAUGCAGCGGCCGCAGGUGGUGAUCUCGCUACUGUGAAGCUACUUAUAAAGCAUCACGUCAACGUGAACCAUAUCAGGUUCAUGUUCCACACACCUCUCGGUUCUGCAGCGGAGUUUGGGCAGGUGCAGAUCAUUAAGGAACUUCUAAGAGCCGGUGCCGACAUUCAUCCAAAGGGUAUGUCGCAUCAAAGCUUCGGUAAACAAGAACCGGCCAUCAAAGCCAUCCUAGGAGGUCAUGCUCCAGCGUUGAAGGCACUUAUCGAGCAUGGUCUCAAACCUGAAGAAUAUGCUGGAGACGUUCCGCUUGUUGUUUUAGCUACACAACAAAAGUCUGAGGCCAUGGUAAGAUUGUUGCUACAGGCUGGGGUUAAGCCCAAGAACCAUCCUCUUGCUUUGGUCACUGCUGCCCAUGACGGGAACUGGGAGCUGAUUACCUGUCUACUUGACGCUGGUGCAGAUCCGAAUGCCCUCGCCAGCCACGGAUUCUACGUCAGGGAUAAGCUUCUGUGCAGUCCGUUAUAUGCAGCAUGCAAAUCUGGUCAUUUCGAAGCGGUAAAGCUACUCUUGGAACGUGGUGCCGAUGCCCAGGUCGACUCGGGAGAUUUUGACGGUCUUCCUCUUACCAUUGCAGCUCGUCAAGGUCAAUUCGACAUCGCCAGGCUUCUUCUGGGGAAGAAUGCCGACCCCUUUCGCCGUAGCAUGGGUCCAGUGGCACUCUCUCAUGUGGACCAAAACAAGCUGAAGAAACUUCUGUUUGAUAGAUAUGGUACUCCCACUACCCGAGGCGCUGAGCCAUUCGAGGCUAUAUAUCAUAUUGCGACGAAUGAUGAGUUUUUGAACGCCAUUCAGAGCUCGUGCGAUGCAAGUCACGGUAUUCGGAAGAGUUCUCAAAUGGUCAAAAUGCUAUCCGAUACUUCUGAUGAUCCACAGCGCGUGUUCCUGGAAGGAUUAGAGCAUACUUCCAAGAGACAAAACGUCAGACUUUUUGAGGAGCUUUUGCAGCACGUUACCCCGGAUUCCCAUCUUCUUGAUCUUGCGUCUCGAUGCGGCUCGGUUAAUGCCGUCAAGUUGAUGAUUGAACAUGGCUUUAGCCCUUCGACUACCAAUGGAGAUGGCAAGACGCCCCUGCAGGUAGCCAUUGACUAUCAAAAUAUGGACCUCGUAGGGUUUCUGGUUGCAGAUCGAAUGCGUGUUGAGUCUCAGCAAGGCGAGCCACUGUCGUUCAACUUAUGCUCCAUGGUAGCUUCUAUCCUUGAGUCUUACGCUUGUUCCAUGCUUGUUAAGUAUAAGAGCAUUGUUUCUUGUGAGAAGACAGUGGCAAAGCUCUUAAAAAUAGCCAGAAUAGGCUUCCCGGCAGAUCAAAAAUACCUGGAUCGAGCUCUUUGCCUCGCGUGCCACAUCGGAAGUAGCGUCAUUACUGAAGGUCUACUCGAACUUGGCGGGGACAUCAAGGCUCAAACCUAUCUGAGGCAAGGCCCUCAUGGUUACAACUUGACAGCUUUACAUGCGGCUAUCUACAAUACUCAUCCCAGCGUCUUGAAAGUACUACUAUCACGGCUUCCGGCAGGUGAUUCAGAAUUUGAGGCUACCUUUCAAGCCUGUCUCGACCAUACAAGUCCAAUAUUGCUCGAGACAUUUCUCAAUCAAGCGAAGAAUUUUGAGAUUACGGAACAACAUCUUUUGCUAUCUAUCCAGAAAGAGAGUUGGGAGAGAGGCCCUGGUGAGACGAAUAUUGAGAUGAUUCUUGGACAUCAUCCAGACCUAAAGCCAUCGGAAGCUGUGCUGGUAGGGCUAUUGGAAACCGAAGUACCAUCAUCAACGUCGUGUGGUAGCGAACUCCGCGAACUAUGGGAAGUUUUGCUCGACAGAUGCGAUUGCGGCUUGACUGCCAAUAUUAUUGAAGCUAUACCGCAUAACAGAACUUGGCAAUUUCUACAUUCGUACAUCGAGAAUUGUGAUGGGUCUUGUAUGGGCAGGGUGUUCGUUCCACGCCUGGUUUCAGAUGAUCCGAGAAUGGUGAGGGAACGCGAAGCUGUGUCAGAAGGAUCAUGGGUUACUGAGUCGGACUCUGAUGCGAAUGAGUGGGGUUCGUAGAAAAAAAUGUUUCUAGUGUUCCUUUUAUUGUAGAUUAUUUAACAUCAGGGCUAGUACCAUGACAGAGAUCCUUCAGUAUAG